AUGAUAGAGAACAAGGCUGGAGAAUUCAUAUUUAUCAUCCAAGGGUUCAGCUCCUGGACAACAGGCACUGGUUACUUCUGGGGACUGAGUGAGUGUGCUCAGGUAAGUGCUGCCCUGAGUGAACUCUGAGUACUGAUCCAAUUUACCUGCUGUCUGUGUAGUUCAGAGUUACCCCUCACCUAAUCAUUAUACUCCAUGGGACCCUUCCUAUAGAGCCAGGGGACCGUCUGCACUUACACCCUAUGGGGCCCUCCUCACACAGCCAGGGGUCCCUCUGCACCUACACCCUAUGUGGCCCUUCUCACACAGACAGGGGUCCCUCUGCACCUACACCCUAUUGGGCCCUUCUCACAGUACCAGGGGUCCUUCUGCACCUCCACCCUAUGGGACCCUUCUCACAGUGCCAGGGGUCACUCUGCACCUACACCCUAUUUGGCCCUUCUCACAGUACCAGGGGUCCUUCUGCACCUCCACCCUAUGGGACCCUUCUCACAGUGCCAGGGGUCACUCUGCACCUACACCCUAUGUGGCCCUUCUCACACAGACAGGGGUCCCUCUGCACCUACACCCUAUUGGGCCCUUCUCACAGUGUCAGGGGUCACUCUGCACCUACCCUAUGGGACCCUUCUCACAGUGCCAGGGGUCCCUCUGCACCUACACCCUAUGUGGCCCUUCUCACAGUGCCAGGGGUCCCUCUGCACCUCCACCCUAUGGGGCCCUUCUCACAGUGCCAGGGGUCCCUCUGCACCUCCACCCUAUGGGGCCCUUAUCACACAGCCAGGGGUCACUCUGAACCUCCACCCUAUGGGGCCCUUCUCACACAGCCAGGGGUCACUCUGAACCUCCACCCUAUGGGGCCCUCCUCACACAGCCAGGGGUCCCUCAUUGCCUGCUUGGUGUCAGUACCAGGAGUGCUUAGUGUGUGUUGCUAUUAUUAUGGAGACUGAUACAAUGUGUUCUAUAGAGAAGAAUCAUUUCAUUAUGCAGUCACGGGUGUAUGCCAGGCUAGAAUAACUCUUAUCACGCUCAGCCAGAAAUACUGCGAGUGUGAGUGUCUGUGUGUGAGUGGUAUCCACUACAAUUUAAAUUGUAACCCUUAGUGCCCCGGUUAAUGUUUUGGACAUAGCCUUUAAAGGGUUAAUGAAAAGCCCUGGUCCCCAUCAUCCAGACGACUAGCUGCGAGUGAUGGGAGCUGGCUAACGUUCGCUGAGAGGCUACACUGAGACGGCUGUGGUAGAGCUGUAUCUAAAGUGCAUAUCAUCUAAAUCUACUGUAUGCAACAAUAUAGGGAAUAUAUAUUCAGUUGUUUUCCUCUUUGUAAUUAUUAUAAUAUUAUUAUUAUUAUUAUUACUACUAUAGGGCGCCAACAUAUUCCAUAGCGCAGUAUAUCUUGUGAUGCUGUAUGUGGUCCUCAGGCAGCUGAGAGGGUCAGUGUGUGACCUGAUGAUGAGGGGAUUAAAGGAGUCGGAUACUCCAUCCAUGCAGGCAGAUUACAUGCUGGCACUCUGAUAAUGUUAUGUAACACAUGGAGAGCUGCUGGAGUAGGGAGGGGCUGUGCAGUUGUGGCUUUUUAACCCUUUGGUUUGCAGUUUUGUGUUGUUCAACACACUUUUGGCUCUCAAGCUGUUUAUAUAUUUACAGAACAACAGAAUAUUUUAAAUUCUCAGACAGGCAUUCUUAUUCUAAUGUCAAUUUCUAUAGGUGUAUUUAUUUUUUUGUACAAAUUAGGAAUUGUUGAAAAUUAACAAAAGAAGUGCACAUUUUAGAAAAAAAAAAGUCCCCCUUAUUUUGCCCUGAAAUUGCCAAUUCCACCUUGUCUGAGGUAUGCAUAAUACUUGCGCCUCUUUUGUUUAUACAUAGUACCCUCUAUCUCCCCCUCCCACCUUACUAUGAGAGAUUGUAGAAUUGUUUAUUCUCUAAAUAAAUUGAAAUCAGUAUAAUAACCCUGUUACUAAAUUGUACAGGGCCACCCAGCUCAUUGUAGCUAGCUACAUGAAUAAAUAGCUCUGGCACCAGCAGUGAAAGGGUGAAAAAACUAGGGCAAUAGGAAUAUUGUUCAGGUAUUUUGGGAUCUUGUCUUGGAAAGCGGAUUAUUUGGGAUUUUCCAUUAAACCUGCGGCAUUAGAGCGGAUUUUAAGUGAUUAAUGCAGUACUUAGAUUAUCAGACAAAAGCUGCAAUUAUAGAACAAAUUACAUGUAAGACAAUUUAAAAAAAAGGAAAAAUGCGUGCUUUAAAGCAAGUUUGGCAAACGUCAUUUCUGUGAAAAUGUUAAACCAGCUCGUAGAUUGUAAGCUCAUGUGAGCAAGUCCCUCUCACCUCUUGUGCCUGUAAACUUUAUUUCCCUGUCAAUAACUUCAUGCCAUACAUUCCUACUGAAUAAUACUAAAGCACUAUGGAAUAUGUUGGCGCUAUAUAAUGGCUAAUAAUGAUAAAAUGCGUUUUCAGUGAUUUCUAAAUCAACAUCGAAUGAUAUCUUACUUUCUGGAGAGCAACAGAUUUAAAUACAUUUUUAUUUUCUAAAUUGUGGGGAACUUAAAAUUAUAUUGCAAUAUCUAGGCCAAAAUAUUUGGGGGAAAAAUGUAACCUCUUGCCCCGACUUGGCUAUUUUGUCCCCAUUAUAAUCAGUUCACUAUUUAGUUCUUAAACCCCAUUGGAAUGAAUAACUACCUGAGUGAGAUUACGGUUUAUCUUAUUCUGGUAAGCCAUUGUGAGAUGUUGCUAUGAUACGUACAAUAAAGCUUUUUUACUUGACAAACAAUUUGUAGGAAAAGCAUAACUUCCUAAUUAACACAAUUUAUGAGUAACCGCUUGAGUCCAAGGUGUGGAUAAUCUUCAGGUAACUUUCUGUGGGGAAUUCAGUCAUAUGUCGUUAAAAUAUAUUUUGUUAUUUAAUGCGUUGUGAUAAAUGUAAAAAGUGAUUGUGUAAAACGUUAGGCAAUUCAGCCACAAUGAAUGCAAUUCUCCGUCUCAGAUUAGGUAUGUGGAAAUUGCUUGACAAACUAACCUUUUCUUUAACUUUAUUUUUAUUUUAUUUUUUGCAAACCCCUUUAUUCAAGUGACAUUUGAAACAUACGAAAAGUGAUUCAAUAACUCAUAAAUCAUAAAGAAUAACGAUAAAUGGUAUAUCAGCUUCCGUUCAAGUUUACAGACAUUAUGUAUCGUUUGUAGAAUUUAUAAAGAUGGGUCAUUGUGUAUUUCUGUAUGUUAAUUUAUAUAGCACCAACAUAGCUCUAUAGUGGGAUACAUUCAUAUUUUCGACUAAAUGUAUUUUAUUUUUAGUCUGGUUAGGCUCACUUGACUCUCUGAGCCUAAUGGAAAGUGCAGUCCGUAAGAACCCCUUGCAUUCACAUCUCCUCAACUCCUCCAGGGCUGCACCAUUCUUAUGUAAUCCGUUUCCCCACAAAAAUAGAAUUUCCAUUACUUUUCUCUCCACUAAGUAAUCCUUAAAAAUAUCCAAUUCUUUAGGAAAGUAAAUCAAUUGAACAGUUAUUAUUUCUUGCUAGACACCGCAUCUCUUCUGGUCUUCUCAAACCCCACUGUGAUAUCUCUUAAAAAGUAUGUCAUGUAUGUUUGCAGACAUUUUAUUGUUAGGAAACCUUAUAAUAACUGCAUACCUUGAAUUGAUUGAACAUAUAACCUUUGUUACCUAUUUAGAUGAAUUCACUUUUAUGGAGGCCCUUUUGCAAAAAAUUGUAGGUUGCCUUUACCCAUUGUACAAUGCUGAAAAUUAUGCUGGUGUGUUAAAACAUAAUAAAGAUAAAGAAUAUCUACUGCAAGUGUAGUUAUAAAAUAGUCUAACUCGAGCAGGGCAGGUGCAAGGAUUCCUGCCGCCUUAGGCAAAGAUCCGUCUUGCCGCCCCCUCAUGAAUGCAGCUACAUUCUCUCAGUGGUUUAUUCACUAAACUCUGAAUUGCGCUGAAGAGACACUUAGGGAAAAGACGUACGGGUGAGAAAUUUAGAGAAGGAAACAGACCGGGGAGACAUUUAGGGAAAGGAUAGAGACACUCAUCCUCUAUAUGCAUCCACACACAAACUUCCCAAUCAUCCAUACACACACACAUACUGCCCAAUACCUAAAUCCAUACACACAUACUGCCUAAUACAACCAUCCAUACACACAUACUGCCCAAUACAGCCAGUCAUACACACAUACUGCCUAAUACAGCCAUCCAUACACACAUACUGCCAAAUACAGCCAUCCGUACACACAUACUGCCCAAUACAUACAUCCAUACACACAUACUGCCCAAUACAGCCAUCCAUACACACAUACUGCCCAAUACAUACAUCCAUACACACAUACUGCCCAAUACAGCCAUCCAUACACACAUACUGCCUAAUACAGCCAUUCAUAUACACAUACUGCCCAAUACAUACAUCCAUACACACAUACUGCCUAAUACAGCCAUCCAUACACACACACACACAUACUGCCCAAUACAUACAUCCAUACACACAUACUGCCUAAUACAGCCAUCCAUACACACAUACUGCCUAAUAUAGCCAUCCAUACACACACACACAUACUGCCCAAUACAUACAUCCAUACACACAUACUGCCUAAUACAGCCAUCCAUACACACACACAUACUGCCCAAUACAUACAUCCAUACACACAUACUGCCUAAUACAGCCAUCCAUACACACAUACUGCCUAAUACAGCCAUCCACACACACAUACUGCCCAAUACAGCCAUUCAUAAACACAUACUGCCCAAUACAUACAUCCAUACACACAUACUGCCCAAUACAGGCAUCCACACACACAUACUGCCCAAUACAGUCAUCCAUACACACAUACUGCCCAAUACAGCCAUCCAUACACACAUACUGCCCAAUACAGCCAUUCAUACACACAUACUGCCUAAUACAGCCAUCCAUACACACAUACUGCCUAAUACAGCCAUCCAUGCACACAUACUGCCUAAUACAGCCAUUCAUACACACAUACUGCCUAAUACAACCAUUCAUACAAGCAUAAUGCACACACUUUACAUUGAAUGUAUCAUUUAUUUCUGUGAUAAAUUAUGUAUCCAGUGCACUCAGUGGUAUUUAAUUUACAUUGCAGUGAACGUGUCAGACAGGUUCACUUUAAGUAAAACAUUUUUUAGUAUAAUAUAUAACUAUAUUAAUGUAUAUCAUAAAUAUAAUGUAAUAUAUAAAGAGCUAAUUACAUGGUAACACACACAUACUCUCACUGGUAUACACACAAUGUCACUUACACAACCUCACUAAGACACACAUGUUCUCACUGCCACACACAAUGUCACACGCUAUCACUAACACACACUCUCACUGACACACACACAAUGCCACUUAAACACACCAAUUUACUUAUAGUCACACUUUAUUUAUACACACAAACACAGCAAUUUAAAACAACACACACACCAAUUUACAACCAUGCACAAAAUAAUCAGCGCCCUUAUCCUCCGGGUGGGCAAUACCUAAGUGCUGUAACUGGACGAGAAGGGGACCAGCCUAUAGAAAGUGUCCUUUGUUACUGAUGGGGGAGUAGGGCGAGCCGCACCCUGCGAGGUGCCCUGCUCCUAUUGGAGGGUUUCCUAUGUUCACAGCCAGGGGCAGCCGGGAUACCAGAUCACGUCCCUACAGGAAGCAGUGCGUUCUGUUCAGGGGGUGGUUUACACAAAACCCCGCUCCAUGGGCAGAUAAUCGGCGGUGACCGCAUCAAGACAGAGCUGCAUUCCUGGCACUAUUGCUCCCUCUCUCUAUGGGAAGAAUCUGAUGCUGGAUGUCCUCAUGCAGAGCGUGAGGAUGUCCGGCGUGGAUACCGGACCACUGGAGGCUGCAAUGUAAACAUCUCUGGAACUGCAAAGUUUUACAUUACAGCACUAAGUGCAAAAGGGACACUGCACCCAGACCACUUCAAUGAACUGACGUGGUCUGGGUGCAAAUACUGUCCCUUUAAGGUAAUUAUGGUGCUUAGACUGUCCCUUUAAGGGUAUCAUGGGGAAUGUCUGCUGAUGCCACACAUUUACACAUUUAUAUCUGCAGAAACAGUAUUAUAUGGUGAAUCCCAUGGCUACUCAGAACUUCCUAAAGCAGAAAUAAGUGCUUAUAUUUAAACACAUAUUUCCUGUUCAUAUGGAAUUCCCUGAUAAGGAUUUAACGUAAUGCAGCGAAAAAAAUAGAACUAGAUUAACGUUUUCUAAAUGAAUUGCUCGUUCUGCCACCAAAAGGAAUAUAGUGGAUAGUUUGACAACAAGAAUUGUUUUAAUGAAAGCAAUACUUAGUCUUUCAGCACUCUCAGCCAAUCACCUCUCUCCAAACUGCUCCAUCUGAACUGGCUGUGUCGCUUACAGUGUUUCUUUAACUUUUUAAAUUAAGGCCACAAAUACAAAUGGCAUAUUCCGUUUUUAUAAUACUGUAUACAAUUUUAAAAUACGAAUUUUCACAAAAUAUUUAUACGUCUUUAAAUCACAAUUAUGUUUGAGCAUCAAGAGGCAUUCAUUUACAUCCUCGGCCUUGUGUUUGUUCGAGGUUUAUGGAGCCAUAACUCGCAGUGCUACCUGUGUCUGAUCCCACGUUUGGUAAAAUUAGUGGCAUCCUCCUUUAUCAAAUUGCUGAAGUCAGCUCUAUGACAAGACUUCAAAACCAUGCAUUUAAUGGCUUAUUUAAAUGGUCUGGGCACUUGUCAAAAAGAUGACGUGUUUAGGUAUGAAAAAAAAAAUCAACUCUCUGUAUUCAUGUUAUUGCGGCCCAGACAUAUCUAAGUGAACUUUUUUUAAUAUGACAGCCAUUUAUACAAAUGAUCUUUUACUGUUUGUUAAGUAAAUGAACUCAAGUGCCAAGGGAUUCCCACUAUAACCGAGAGCAGGACUAGAGGAAUCCUAGAUAUACGUCAAAGCUAACUAGCAAAAAAACUUCCUGGCUGCCACCGAGCGAAAACUCUCAUAAUGCUUAGCCAGCGUGCCUUUAGGCUGGCAGAACGUAAUGGGAGUUUUAGUUCUACAACAACUGAAGAGGUACUUUUUAUCUGUUCAUAUUUAAAUGUGGACGUUUGGCUUCAUUCGCCUGCUCACGUUUGUGAGUGUUUAUUUAACACCAGGUGCCAGGUUUAGGAUUGGCACAAAAUGUCCCUGUGAUUUAUUUUUUUAAUUAUUUUUUUUUUUAUAAAUUUAAUCAUUAUUGACACAGGAUACAAGUUGCUGCAAAUUCAGGCAGAGCACAUGCCAGAGUCAGUGCUGGAAUUUUAUUUUCCACCUGGUGCUGCUGAUAACAUACUUGGCUCUCUUGAGUGCCCGCCGCAUUGAUUAGCAAAGAGUCAUGUUGGGUCAGAAGCAGGGACAAAAUAAGUAAUUUCAUUAAAAUAUAAAAUAAUAAUUUAAAGGGCAUUUAUCCCCAGUACAUGAGCUCAAGCACAUCCCUCACAUGUGCAUACACUGGGACAGCUUCAUAGCUCUCCUUUAACUAUACAGAAUGUCACAAACAGGCGUUGUGCGGGACAUUCCAUGUGUAUCUCUGGAGCAGGAGUUUCCCUGAUUCUUACAUUAUUUGCAUGCACUAAUAAACUGUCCAUCGUCGUCCCUCCAAGCAGCCAUUGAGCACAUCAUUUGCAUCCAACAUGAGGGUGAAAGUUAGGACAUGAUAAUUUAGUGGUAACAAACACCUGCCCAGAACAUUACCUGUACCCACUUUAACCAUUUCAUUAGGGCAAGUAAUUAAAGGGUUAACAAAAAAAAACAGGUUUAGGCAUGGUCAGUAGGUGUGCGUUUUAGGGUUUAAUGUACAGGUUAAAAGAAGGCAUUAGGUAAAUUCUGAUCACUUCUCGAUAGCAUAACCUAUUUACAAACUCACAGGGGGGGGGGGACAGUUCUGUUUGUAAGAAAUAUAAAUGGAUUCAAUGUAUUUUAUUGUAUCAAAAUUGACAAAAUAACUAAGCAAUUUAAAAAAAUAAAAAUUGGUAUAUAUGUAAUGACCUAUAGUCAGCUGUUUGGUAACUCACAUUAAAAAACCUCCCAGUGCUUAUCUUAAAUGAAAUUAAUUUGAAAAGAAUCUCUGAGUCUGGUAAAGGAAGUAGAUAAAAAGUGAAUUCUGCGUAACAAGGAGCACCUGGAGUUGCUAUGCAGCUGUGGAAUUUGGUUGGUGGAGAGUUUUAUUUUUAACUCUUUCAGUGCUGGAGUAAUAACACAAAAUAACACUUAAUGUGCCGGAGUCACAAGCAGCAAUUAAAUUAUCUUGAAAAUAUCCAGCUACACACAAGGAACACUGAGCAAACAAACUGUUAUGGUGACACGUGAUCAUCCCAGCCAAGUGUCACUAGAGAGUUUAAGCUACAGGUGUAAAAUGAUGGGUGUUGACAUGCAAAUUAUUACCCUACCAACAGUGUCAAUGGAAGACCUUAAAUAAGUGAAGUGGGUUUUUUUUUCAGAUGGUUUAUGAUCUCAGCUAUAGUCAAAACACUUGCAGCACAUUCAGCCAGAGCUUUGUCAUUUACAUGUGUUUUUUUCUCCCCCCCCUUUCUCAUUUACAGCUGCUUUGUUUAUGGAGGUUUGGACUGGGGCCCAGCACAGAACUUCUCAGUUCAUCUUUUCAGGAGAUGUUGCUGUCCUGGAAGGGACAGAGCCAUUUGGAUCCCUGUUUCUGA